ACAGCGUUAUAACAUGUGUCGGUGUCUGAGCAUGGUUCUAUAUAUACUAGUGUCAUGUUGGAAAGCUCGGACAAUUCUGAAACCAAGUACACCCUCUGAGACGUUUGAUUGGCUGACGCCAACUAUAUGAAAUACAACCCGCGGAAGUUAUUGAGCGAUGGAGAGCAAACUACACUGAAAGGCUAAACCGAGUUUCGUUGGCCACAACUGACUUCAAAUAGGCUGGGAUGUCGAUCAGCCAGCGUACAGAGCACUGAGCCGUGAUGACGCAAAGAUGACGGACUGUUAGCUUCUUCUCCAUUGCAGCCAUCUGUAAGAUGGUUGACGAUUAUUCAAGUGUAUCCCAGGGAUAUUUAUCCAGUUAAAGCUUUCAUCUGUUCGUUUGGGCUUGAGAACAAUGACGUCCAACGGCUCCGAUGCCCCGUCAGCGGGGAGCAACAUGACUGAGAGCAUCUUCCUCACAUACAAUAUGAUGACAUUUCACGAGGAGUUUGCACCGGCGUCAGUGAUGAUCGACCGCAGUAUUUCUCCAAUCUUUUACAUCAUCGGCGUCUUCUGCAAUCCACUUUCCGCUUAUAUCUGGUUGAACAAAAAGACACGAAGAAACAACUCUUCUGCAAUCUAUCUAGGAACCUUGUCCAUCUCACACUUUGUGUUUCUCAUUUUACAUAUUUUUGUUGAGCUCAACUAUGCCUGGGGUAUCAAGACAUACAAUGGCCCCAUAUCGUGUGAAAUAUUUAACGUUAUAUACUAUGUGCCACAGUAUAUGGCUCCAUUGUUGGUGUUGAGUUUCACUGUUGAGAGAUAUAUUGCAGUAUGUCAUCCCUUUAGUAAGGAGAAAUUCUGCACGGUUCGAAGAGCUAUAAUAGCGGUGGUGAUAUUGUACAUAUCUUCAAUGCUUCUCUCGGUGAUUCAGGGAUACUUUUGGACAUACAAUCCAAGCCUUGGGGAUUGUGAUCACAGAGUAGAAGCUAGACUUGGAGGUCAAACUAGUAUUAUCAAUGUUUGGACAUGGAUUUCAGAACUGUUGAUAUUUGCCAUUGUACCACUUGCCGCUCUUGUGUUCAACAUAUUUGUUAUCAAUGAGAUUAAGUCACUGACGAAAAGGGGUCCUGCCUACCAACAACCCGGAAGUGGAAGUCCAACAGCUUCAACCGUUACCCUUCUAACCGUUUCGUUUUACCUAAUUUGCACGUGGUUACCUGCGACUCUUGUGUAUUCCCUGCAGAAUCUGUUCAUGGCCAACGAUAGGAUGACAGCUGAAGAGAUCCGAGCAGACCCAGAAUGGAGAAGUUAUUUCAUCUAUAUUACAAUCAGAAAAGCAAUUGAAGAAAUAACACUGUCCAACUCGGCGUGUUAUUUUUUCAUUUACUGUAUAACGGGGAAACACUUCCGGGAUCAAGUCUGUGCAUUAUUCGGUCUGCAAAAGUGUGUUAGGUCCGAGGAGGUACCGCCACCAACAUACAAACAAUACAUGGCUGUUGCUAAAAUAGACCACGUUACCAACGGCCACACGUCUAUUACAAGUGUCUGAAGCAUUAGGUCGAGUCGGGAUUCUGUUUUGUGCAUUCGAUAGAGGAAUUAUACCGUGAAACGGCAUACCAUUGCCAUUAUUGGAUGUCAAUGUACUCAAAUCAAGUGCUUAUCGGUAUGUCAAUUACGUCUUCUGACAGCCUUUGGAUCGGGGUGGCCUCGUCGCCCAAGACAGCAUAGGACGAUGCUUCUCCCCGUGAUUGCAUAAUGCAUGCAUUACGCGCUGUGUUGAUCUUUAGGUGGUACGUUCAACCACGCUGUCGUUCAUUAAGAGCAUCACUUGGUAAUUCUACAUCUCAGACGUGCUGUGAAUAGAUAUAUCCUAUAAUCAACACACGGUGCUGAGAGUGGACUGAUAGAUCAGGGAUUACAACCCGAAUACCAUAAAUUAAUCAUUCAUACGAGCACACACCAUGUACAGAGUCAUGAAGUGUUAUUGCAUGUUAAUCCUUCUGGUGUCAAUUUAUUCAAUGGCGAACGUAUACGAUUGAUUGUAUUGUGAUGCUAUCAACUAUAUGUACACUAUAGUGAAUUGUAUUGACUCCAUGACGAGCAAGGAUGUCUCAUCGAUAUAUUGAGAUGUUAAAAACACAAUUUCACGGCGUGCGUUGCUAAUAGUUUCAGUGUGAGAAACUUUGUUCGGAAGAGGUGUUGUACAACGGCAGAAUUCAAAUUGAUAUUUGCAUUACCAUGUUACUAUAUGAAUCUGUGUACUAUUAAGUUAGAAAGGUUACGCGGUACGAUGACACGUAAUUCAGGAAAAUCUGAAAAUGACAAUGACACUGCAACAAAGGAACUUCAAACCGUAAUUACCAAACCCAUGAUUGUGGCCAAGUAACGGAAUUCAACGUAGGUGUUUCAAGAUAAUUCAGUUCGGAAGUAUUUUUGUGUUUUGAGAUAGAUAUACCAUGUCAUGGCAAUACAAUGUUGCAUUGUGAAUCGUUUCAAACAGACUUAGGAUAUACAGUGCUGGUCUGAACCAGAACGAACAGUUUGAUUUCCAAGAAGCUGAAUUAUAUCAGCAUUGCAGAAGGUGCAAGAGAAAUCCAGGGUGCAUACAAUUUGUAUU